ACACUUGAAACGUAAAUGGAUAAAUUGAACAGUCGUUUCAUUCUUUUUUUUUCCCUUAAUUUAUACUGAUGUGUCAAAUCUCACUGUCUUUCAGUUGCCCUGCAAACGAUACAUACGUCCGCAAUGCCAUCGCCAAUGCGACACGAUAAAAGCCUCAUUCUCCGUAGCUAACAAAAGUAAAGACAAUGCUAAAGUUGCUUUGACCUCCUCUAAUACGCAACUCAAGAUUUAGGAGGAACACUAAUAAUUUAUGUUCUGUUCCGGCAGAUUCACAACUAUCAUCUACAUGGCGACACUCAGAAAUUGAGCUGCCGAACUCGGGCGAGUAGGUUCUGGCACCAACUUGGAAGCUUAUAUACAUGCACAAAAUAUCCACCCUGCGGAUGUUGUGUUGAUUCAUGCUAAGAGCAAUGCAGCUGCAAAGAAGAUCAGUAUAAGCGAAAACGGGCCAGAAAUUGUCUAUUUCUUGUUCUUGUAAAAUGUAUUGGCGAGGCACACCGUAUUGUUGUAAAUACAAAAGUUCAUAUCUUCCAGAUAACAUGUACACCGUGAUUCUAUCUAGGCAGAAUUUAAAUUCUUGCAGAUAGUAAUAACCAAGCGGAUCGACUGGCACUCAUCGGCGAAAUGGAGACGCUUAUCAGGGUUGGACGCCAUCCAAAUAUCGUCAGCCUGGUUGGAGCAUGCACAUUUGAAGAACCAUUAUACGUUGCUGUUGAAUUCGUGUCUGGUGGAAGUCUUGAUAAGUUACUGCGCGAAAGUCGGGUUCGAAGAUGCACAGAACAAGAGCAACUUCCGUAUGCUAACAUAUGGUCCAGACUGACGGAAAGGGAAUUGCUGCGAAUUGCUUCAGAUAUCGCCAAUGGAAUGCAGCAUUUGGAAAGUAAACUGGCAAGUCACACUCUAAUUUAUUAAGCAGAUUAUAAUUCUGAUGCUUUUAAAGGUCCAUUAAUCGACUCGUGCACGCGCUAGCGCAGGUUGCUAAGAGGGGAAAACUUCACUUCUGCGGCCUGUUUCUUGAAGGUCCCGAAAAGUUUUCGCGACCAAAAAGUCGUGGCAAAAUCUCAAACCUUUUGACUACAGAGCUGAUUUAUUCAUAUAUUCUUAAUACGAACAGAGGUUCAGUUCAUUUCGAUGCUUAAAUGUGGUUUCAUUGACUUGUUGUCUGAUUGACUAAUUGACUGGUUGAUUGAUUGCCUGACUGACUGACUGACUGACUAAUUGACUGAUUCACUUAUUGACGGAAUGACGGAUUGAAGGAUUGACUGAUUGACGGAUUGACGGAUUGACGAUUUGACGGAUUAAAGGAUUAAUGAGUUAACCGAUUGAUGGAUUGACGGAUUGACGGACUGACGAAUUUAUGGAUUUAUGGACUGACGGAUUGAUGGAUU